CAUAGUUAGCUCUCUACCAUCUGAUGCAAUACAAUACGCUAUAUAGCUGUGCAUAAAAACUCUAUCUAUCAUAUAGUCAGCCAGCCUUUCAUCCAUAAAGGUAGACAAAGUGUUCCAGAUCUUUGAAAUCCGAUAUAAUUUCACGAGUACAUGGUGGGCCUGCGGGUUUUAUAUCGAACAAUACAACAAAAGAUACGAGAUACGGAAGACAUCCAGGAGACGUGUCUUCACAACACAUUAUAUUGAUACCAUAGAUGUUCAUGUCUAUAGUCAAUAUCAUCUGGAACAUCCACAGCAGCUGAACUACUUCGCUCAUCAGAAUCUUCUUGAUACUUAACUAUGCACGUUAGGAACUAAAACCUUCUUCUGCCUACUUAACAAAGAGAGUACAAAGCAAAACAACACAUCACCAUUCCAAGAUAUCCCGAAACAACAUCCUUCCAGUAACUUCCACAAUUAUCUCAAAAAUGGUAAAAUCCCAAAUCCCGCGCGAAAACUCGCGACCUUUCUUUUCCGAAAAAGACGAUUCGUGUACAUCCCCGAUGAAAACAUCAAUAAUUUAUAUCACUACCAUUCCAAAACCAUCUGCUUCCUCUUCUUCUUCUUCCACACGGUCAUGCCCUCACUUACGCUCGUGCUCACACUCACGCUCAACAACAUCCACAACACUCACCACAAAAAUGCGCAGCUUAUGGAGUAUACCGCAUACCAAACUUCUUCCAAAUCUCCAUGUAAAUCUGAAUCCUUUAAAUUUCUCCAGUGCUACAAACCUCAUCAACCUUCCCAAGAUUCCCAGCCUGUCCAGCCUUUCCAACCUAAAACCCCAAAAUCUCACACCCACAAAUCCACCUCCUUCAUUCACCUACACUCCCUCUCCUAAUUACACCCCAACACCGAAUCUAUCCAGUCCCAACGGAUUACCCGCUACACCGUACGAAAACCAAGACCAAGUACAUCAAUCACGAAAAACAAAUCCACUUUCUGGUCCCUCAACACGACGAGCGGAGUAUUUAUUUUCGCGCGUUGAUAGGGGAUUUUUGGAGCCCGAUAUAUCGUCUCUAGUGGGGUCUUGUGGGUUUCAUUAUGCAGAUGAGAGCGAAUGUAUGAGCGAGGUAGAAAGUUCGCAACUUGAGUAUAAAACCCGAGGGAGAAAUUAUGAGGAUUUUUACACGGAUUUUGAGGGAAAUGAGAGAUAUGGGAAUGAUGACGAGGAUAUUGGGAAGAGUGAUAUAAAUGCGAAAGAAGGGAAAAUAAAACAGAAAAGAGAAAAAAGUGUGCUUGGGCCGUGGAAAAUUAUUAGAAAAUCUUGUUGGGAGGUUUUGGAGGGGAUUAAUACGCAGAUUAGUGGUGGUUUUAAUACUGAGGUGGUGAAAUGCGUUAGUGGGGGUAGAGUUAAUGGACAGGAAAAUGGGAAUCGGGGGUUUGUUUAUGUUGGGCUUGGUAUUGAGGAUGAGGAUGAGGCAGAGGGAGAGGAGGAGGAUGGUGGGAAUGGGAAUGGCUAUGGUGUGUAUACAGAGGGAUGCUAUGGAUGUGAUGAUUAUGGGGAGAGGGAAGAUAUAAUUGCGAAUGAAUGGGAUGAAUGGAAUGAGGUGAUUCUUACGAGGUCUCAGGAGAGUAUCGUGGAAGUUCUUUUAGAUGUUGAGGAUUCUUGUUUGCUUCCCUCUUCUCCUCCUGUUUCUUUGGAUACAUCCUCGAGAAUAGGGAGGCAGGAGCAGAAUUCAAAUCAACUGAGCGGAGCAUUUGAACGUCAAGUACGGUUACCGAUCCAAACAUCUCAUCCUAUACAGGUCGAUAGUCUAAGUUCGGAUGGUGCUUCAUUGUAUGAAGGCGAGGGGACGAAACGAAAAACACAAGAAAAGGUGGAAAAUAAAGUUGAAGGAACAAUGAAUCAGUGUAUUAUUCCGCCGCUGCAACACGCAAAAUAUAAUAAGCAACAGGAAAAGAACAAGAAAAACAAAAAGGAAAAUGGGAGGCAGCUGCUAGUGGCAGAUUUCGCGUAUAUGGAAAUGCGACCUGUUUCUAAUUAUUCGAAAGAUGUGCGUAGUAAAGAGAUUGAGAGGAUGAGUGAGGGAGGUAGUUAUAAGGGAGAAAGUAAUGGAUAUUUUUAUAGAAAGGGCUUUUCUGGUGGAGAUAAAUGGGGUAAUGAUUUAGGAUAUGCGAAAUCUGAGCUUGAGCUUGAGGAUUCGAUGUAUGAGGAGGAUGAAGAGAUGGGGUUUAAGUGUGAGAGUGAGAGUGAGGGUUCUAGGAGUAAUGGGAUCGGAAGUUUGGAGACUAGUGCUGAUACUGCUCUGUUAAUGGAUAUGCGUCGAAAUAAAUACAUAUUUAAUUCUUGCUCGAACUCCAACUCUAACUGCAAGUUCAAUUUUUAUCUACCACCAAAACUUGAUUUUUCUUCCCAACCUCAUCCUCAUCAACCUCACCAAUCGCUGCCACAAAAUCCACAGACCCCCUUCCUCAUCCUUAACGCUAACCUCAAAAUCCCUCGCUCUAAUCCAUCUCCCUCGUACCCAUCCCUUCAACCCGAACCCCACCCCAACCCCGAACUUCACAACAUCAACAUCAACACCGACCUCCAUAUCUCAACCUCCCCACUCUCACUGUCUCUCUUACUUUGCUCCCCGGCAGCACCAAAAUCCCUACAUCUUCCCUUCCUAGUAAUAUGAUAUCGACAACCUUAUCUUCAUCCUUACUUCCUUUACUUCGUUUAAAUAACAUCAAUAUCAUUAUCAAUAAUGAUAUAAAAAAUACAAAAAUAAAAAUAAAUACAGAUACAGAUACAAAUUACAAGAAAAGAAAAAGGAAAUGAAGAAAAGGAAUCAAAAAUACAACUCCAAUUCCAACUCCAGCUUCAAAUUCAGCUUCAGUGAGAACUCUCGCUUUUUAUAUUCCUGGGUAUGGGUUUGGAUUUGUAUCUUUAUGAACG